AGGGCGCCGGCGGCCAUCUUGGGUGCAGGCGUUGGGCCUGACUGAGGAUGAGCGCCGAGGCUGCAGACCGGGAGGCGGCCACGUCGAGCCGGCCGUGCACCCCGCCGCAGACCUCCUGGUUUGAGUUCCUGCUGGAGGAGGCCCUGCUGGAGACGCAUCUGCGCAAGGCCGCGCCCGAUCCAUCCCCUGUUCAACUGAUUAUCCAGUUCUUGGAACAAGCUUCCAAACCUUCACUGAAUGAACAGAACCAGGUUCAGCCGCCCCCUGAUAACAAGAGAAACCGUAUUUUAAAACUUCUUGCUCUUAAAGUUGCUGCACAUUUAAAAUGGGACUUGGAUAUACUAGAGAGAAGCUUGUCAGUUCCUGUGCUGAAUAUGCUGCUGAAUGAACUUCUCUGCAUUAGCAAAGUUCCUCCAGGAACUAAACAUGUAGACAUGGACCUGUCCAACUUACCCCCAACCACUGCAAUGGCUAUUCUGCUGUACAACAGAUGGGCUAUAAGGACCAUUGUCCAAAGCAGUUUUCCUGUGAAACUGGUGAAACCUGGUCCACCUCAAUUAAACAUAAUGAACCAGAUACAACAGGAAAAGGAACUAACAGAAAAUAUUUUGAAAGUGUUGAAAGAGCAGGCUGCUGAUUCCAUCCUAGUGCUUGAAGCAGCACUUAAAUUAAACAAAGAUCUGUAUGUCCACACUAUAAGAACUCUGGAUUUAUUAGCCAUGGAGCCUGGUAUGGUGAAUGGGGAAACCGAGAGUUCCACAGCUGGUUUGAAAAUCAGUGCUGAAGAAAUACAGUGCCAGGUCUGUUAUGAUUUGGGUGCAAUCUACUUUCAGCAGGGUUCUACAAAUUCAACCAUCUAUGAAAAUGCCAAGGAAAAAUUUUUUAGAACCAAAGAAUUGGUUUCAAAGAUUGCUUCUUCAUCACUUCAUUGCACCAUAGAUGAGAAGAGGUUAGCUGGGUACUGUCAAGCUUGUGGAGUUCUUACCUCAUCUUCUGAUAAUGCAUCACAGCAGUCAACUCCUUACAGUCAAAUCCAUAGCUGUAUGAAAUCUGGCAACUAUCAGGAGCUAGUGAAGAUCUUCCUUGAAGAUAACUUAACUCUCAGUUUACCUAUUCAGUUCAGACACUCAGUGCUGAGAGAACUCUUCCAAAAAGCUCAACAAGGGAAUGAUGCUCUGGAUGAAAUUUGUUUCAAAGUCUGUGCAUGCAACACUGUUUGUGAUGUAAUGCAGGGUCGAAUGAUUGACAUUCAGUUCAACCAGCUGUUUCUUAAACCCAACAAAGAAAAAAUAGAUUUUCUUCUUGAGGUGUGUUCAAGGUCAAUACAUUUAGAACAUGCUUCAGAAUCUUCACAAAGAAAAAUGGCAGCUUUUCUCAGGAAUUUGUGUUUGGGUUUGGAGGAUCUUCAGCUUGUCUUUAUGAUUUCUUCUCAUGAGCUCUUCAUAACGCUCCUGAAAGAUGAUGAACGGAAGCUGCUCAUUGACCAGAUGAGGAAAAGGUCCCCUCGAAUCAAUCUGUGCACCAAACCUGUGACUUCAUUUUAUGAUAUCCCAGCAUCAGCAAGUGUCAGUAUUGGCCAGCUGGAACAUCAGCUUAUAUUAUCAGUGGAUCCUUGGAGGAUUCGUCAGAUUUUAAUUGAGUUACAUGGCAUGACUUCGGAACGCCAGUUCUGGACAGUUUCUUGCAAGUGGGAAGUACCAAAUGUUUAUGGCAACGUUAUCUUAGGAAUUAAGGACAAUUUGACCAGAGAUUUGGUCUACAUCCUGAUGGCAAAAGGGUUACACUGCAGUGCAAUUAAGGAUUUUGUCCAUGCAAAGCAGCUUUUUGCUGCUUGCCUGGAGCUCGUGACAGAGUUUUCUCCAAAGCUGCGUCAGGUCAUGCUGAAUGAAAUGCUGCUCUUGGACAUUUACACUCAUGAAGCAGGAGCAGGAGUUUCUGGAGAACGUCCUCCCUCUGAUCUGAUAAGCAGAGUCCGAGGAUAUUUGGAAAUGAGAGUACCUGAUAUUCCCCUUCGCCAGGUCAUAGCAGAAGAAUGUGUUGCCUUCUUGUUAAACUGGAGAGAGAAUGAAUACUUAACAAUGCAAGUUCCUUUACCUCUGGUCCAGACUAAUCCUUAUGUGAAGUUAGGACAGCUCUUGGCUGCUACAUGCAAAGAACUUCCAGGGCCCAAGGAAAGUAGACGGACAGCUAAAGACCUUUGGGAAGUGGUUGUGCAGAUCUGCAGUGUAUCUAACCAGCACAAGCGAGGCAAUGAUGGUAGAGUAAGCUUAAUCAAGCACAGAGAAUCUACAUUGGGCAUUAUGUACAGGAGUGAAUUACUCUCUUUUAUCAAAAAGCUACGGGAACCGUUGGUUUUGACUACGAUAUUGUCCCUGUUUGUCAAGCUUCAUAAUGUUCGGGAAGACAUUGUGAACGAUAUUGCAGCAGAGCAUAUUUCUAUUUGGCCAUCAUCUAUUCCCAACCUCCAAUCGGUGGAUUUUGAAGCGGUAGCUGUUACAGUAAAAGAGCUGGUCAAUUAUGCGCUGACUAUAAAUGCAAACAACCACUUCUGGCUAAUUAUCCAGGCAGAUAUUUAUUUUGCAACAAAUCAGUAUUCAGCGGCUCUACAUUAUUACCUUCAGGCAGGAGCAGUGUGCUCCGAUUUCUUCAAUAAAAUGGUACCACCUGAUGUAUUCACAGACCAGGUGAUAAAAAGAAUGAUAAAAUGCUGCUCUUUGCUCAACUGCCAUACCCAGGUGGCAAUUUUAUGCCAGUUCCUCAGAGAAAUAGACUAUAAAACAGCAUUUAAAGCAUUACAGGAACAAAAUAGCCAUGAUGCCAUGGAUUCCUACUAUGAGUACAUCUGGGAUGUCACCAUUUUGGAAUAUUUGACAUAUCUCCACCAUAAGAGAGGAGAGACAGACAAGAGACAGAUAGCAAUUAAAGCUAUUGGCCAGACAGAACUGAAUGCUAGCAAUCCAGAGGAAGUAUUACAACUUGCUGCACAGAGACGAAAAAAGAAGUUUCUUCAAGCAAUGGCAAAACUUUACUUUUAGUCUAAUGCUAAAAGAAUAGGAGGGUGUAGAAUGGAAAACUUCAACACUUUUAUUUUUUACUCAUUUGUUAAGAGUAUUUAAAAUUUUUAUACAAUAUUUACAGACUGUGCUCUUUCCUUUUUAGAUAUGAAAUCUUACAAUAAAAACCCUUAUUUUACAAAACUA